AUUGUUGUGAUAAACUUAUUAAAUAGUCUAGAAUGGUUCAGCUCGGGGUGCAAACGCAAUGGAUCCCUCUGGUAUCAUCAGUUGUGUUUUCUUUUAUUGGAUAUUUUUCGCUAGUUUUACUGAUUCCUCGAUCAAAAGGAGCAUUCAUCAAGGCUGGAUUGCGAGGAAAAGAUAUGGCUAAGAAAGAUAAUCCCAUCAUUCCUGAAGCACUUGGAAUUUUGGUGGCUGGCGUUUAUCUUGUGUUACUGUUUUUGUUCAUCCCUCUACCGUUCAUCAACGACAUUGCUUUUGAGACUGAGGAACCAGAAGUCUUCAAACGUUUUAUCAGCCAAAUUGCUGGAAUUCUCUCUAUUUGUUGCACAAUUUUCCUCGGAAUGAGUGACGAUAUUUUUGAUCUACGUUGGCGAGACAAAGUAUUUCUUCCCACUGUUGCCUCAUUACCUCUUCUUAUGGUUUACUAUGUUACAUAUCACCUGACUGUAAUUGUUGUUCCUAUUCCUUUGAGGCCUUACUUUGGAACAACCGUUGAUAUUGGUAUUUUAUAUUACCUUUAUAUGGGAUCCCUCGCUGUGUUUUGUUCAAACUCUAUAAAUAUUUUGGCUGGAAUUAACGGUCUUGAGGUAGGCCAGUCAGUAGUCAUUGCAACGUCACUCAUCAUCUUCAACUGCCUGGAACUCUAUUUCCAAUGUUGUCAAAUGGAAGCCCAUCUGCUCUCACUCUAUCUUCUCAUUCCUUUUCUCGGAUGUUCACUGGCUCUACUUCGGUAUAACUGGUACCCAGCCGAGGUUUUUGUGGGCGACACGUACUGUUACUUUGCCGGCAUGCUCUUCGCAGUAGUUGGAAUAUUGGGGCAUUUCAGCAAGACCCUGUUGCUGAUGUUCAUUCCUCAAAUAGUAAACUUCGUCUACUCGGUGCCUCAGCUGUUCCGUAUGGUGCCAUGUCCCAGACAUCGCCUGCCCCGAUACGAUCCGGAUAUUGAUAAGUCACAUGCGUCGGAGACUCAGUUCAAAAGCAAAGACCUCAAAGCUAUUUCUAGCUUAGUCAUUUUCAUAUUGAAGACCUGUAGACUUCUGAAAGUCAAGGAGUCAACAGUAGACGGAGAGAAAUGGAUGACGUGCAACAAUAUGACCUUGAAUAACCUUGUGCUUAUACAUAGUGGCCCGAUGAGAGAAGACAAACUAUGUAUAGUUAUUCUGGUCCUCCAAGUUACUUGUUCAUGUGUAGCUUUUGUCAUCAGAUACCCGCUGGCUUACCUGUUUUACUCAUAAACUCAUUAAAUUGAUUUGUAUUUAAUUUAAAAAAAAAACGUUUCGACCACAAAACCAAACAAGUUUCCAGAAACAGGAUAAUGAA